CUCAUUGAUACACAAAGUAUUUUUACAGGAAGUACAUCAACAAGAUGGAUACAAAUAUUACAACAGACUGGCGCGAUAACAAACCUUUGCCUGAGUGUAUGAUGUAUAUGCUGAACAACGAGAUCUUGUGUGACGUCAUGUUCAGAGUAGGAGAUGACAAGAAACCUAUUAAAGCACACAAGUAUAUGCUGUCUAGCCGAAGUGCCGUCUUCCAUACAAUGUUUGAAGGUUCUCAUCAAGAAACCGGGGAUAUAACUGUAUCCGAUGUUGACGAACAAACCUUUCGAGAUAUUCUAAGAUAUUUCUAUAGCGAUCAAAUCACAAUUGGCAACGAUAAUGUAAAGGAGAUGUUAUAUGCAGCUGACAAGUAUAUGUUCGCUGCAGUUAAGAGAGAAUGCGAGACAGUUCUAAAGACGACCGCACAAUCAGAGCAUGCGACAAAAACAUUACAAACAUCAUACCAAUACCGUUUGUCAGAUCUCAAAAACGAAAGCUUAGACUAUAUUGAAAUGAAUACAAAUGCAUGCCUUCUUUCAGAACAUUCCUUAAAUCUAUCCAAAGAUUGUUUGGAGCUGAUUUUGAAAUCAGAUUAUUUAAACUGCAGCGAAACAGAAAUUUGUCAGUUUACUUUAAAAUGGGGUAGGCAUCAGUGUGAGCUGACUAAGUUAGAGCCAACUGGCGAAAAUAUCCGAAAGGCACUAGAGAUAAUUUGUACUUGAUUAGAUUUCCAAAUGUUGAGAUGAAACUUUUUUUUCGGAAGAAGUUGCUAGCUCUUGUUUACUAACAGAUGAUGAGAUGUUAUGUAUUUACAAGUCUCAUUUCGGUGUAGUGUCGAACACCUUUUCAAGAAGUCCGAGAACUCCUGUAUCUUAUCGAAAAACCUUUACAAUCGAACGAUAUGGGCAGAUAACUGGGUCAAUGAAAACAACGGGAAAACAGUCCCUUGUAUUUCUCUCAGAUAUGGAUAUUUGGCUUACAGGAGUUAGUAUCUUUCUUCCUUAUGUUCAACCAGAAACAUCUAACUACUAUGGAUACCAAACACAACAAAAAGAGGUUAACAUAAACAUUAGCAUACGAAUAAUAGACGAUUCCACCGCGGUAAAGAUUCAUGAAAACAAUCAAAAAACUGUGGACCACAUAGCGGUCAAAUUUGGAAGAUAAACUUUUCAAAACCAGUGCAUGUACAUUCCUUGAGAGAUUACAUAAUUCAAAUGGACGAUAUUGGACAUCAGACUUAUCAUGGUACAAACUGUAAAGCGUCUGUCACAGACCAGCAAUCUGGAGUGACAAUAAAGUUUAAAAACUCUCAAGUUAGUGGUGCUGGAACUGACAUCAGUCAAGGACCAUUUGCUGGUAUUUUAUUUAGAGUGUAAAAUUAUUUUUGAAAAUUCAAACAGUAAUCAACACUUUAUAAAUUAUAUUGGUUUCAAAUAGUUUAGGGAAUGACGACUAGUGUUUUCUACUUCUAUUUGCUAUGACGUAAUCAGUUUAUUUUCAACUUAAAAUUCGAUUUCUGAAUAUAUGUUUUUUCAUAUUUUUUGUCGUAUACCAAAAAAAUAGGGUUAUAAUUAUUUGACUUGGUUUUGUGUUCGAAAAUUCAAAAUAUGUGAAGAUUUUAUGAUAAACAAAGAUGUAGAAAUAAAAACUGAAAUAUAAUUUGCUUUGUAUAGUUUUGAAAAAGCACGUUUAUAUAAAAUCUGCCAUACGUUUUGGGCUACUGGCCUAGAAAAAAGUUGUAAUAUUUAGUUAUAUAACGGAAAACGCAAUUGUUUGAACAAAUACAGUCAUGUACAUUGAAGACGAAGGAAAGAUUUGGUGCGCACGUUUACAGAUAUAAGGAAAUCUUUUU